AUGCCUCAAUCCCUGUCAUCCUCUGUGCAAGGCUACUAUGGAUCGGAGAAAGUCGCUGAAGAAGUCCCACACGCUACUGCUUCUAUCAAGAAACAACCUCAAAAUCCGUCCACCCUUUCAUAUAACUUGAGCCGAUUUACAUCCGCCAACGGGGCGCCUCCAUUGGCUCUCCGGGAGCCAGUUCCGCUUGCCGAUCGCAUUAGUGGUGCGAGAAAUGCUAUUAAGGACUUCGAUGCGAAGAUGAUUAGAGGCUAG